AGCCAGUUCAACCAGCUGCACAUAAAGCUGCUCAGCUCCCGCCUCCUGCAUCUUGCUCUACCCUACUCAUUCUCUCUUGAUCCAACUAUUCAUCUCUCUCGCUCUUCUUGAUACCCUUCGCCGCCGCCUCUACCACACGAGUCUCCGCCUCUUUCUGUUAAUUGGUCUUUUACGUUUCUUGUCAGGGUCUUCGAUUGCGUUGAAUCAACAUGUGUGGCAUUUUCGGCUACGUCAACUACCUGGUGGAGAAGGACCGCCAGUUCAUCCUCGACACUCUGGUGAACGGUCUCUCCCGUCUCGAGUACCGUGGAUACGACUCGGCCGGCCUUGCUGUCGACGGUGACAAGAAGAACGAGGUCUUCGCCUUCAAGGAGGUUGGCAAGGUCGCCAAGCUCAAGGAGCUCAUCGCUGAGUCCAAGGUCGACGAGACCAAGUACUUCGACUCACAUGCCGGUAUCGCCCACACUCGCUGGGCUACCCACGGCCCCCCGUCUCGUCUGAACUGCCACCCCCACAGAUCUGACCCUACCUGGGAGUUCACCGUCGUUCACAAUGGUAUCAUCACCAACUACAAGGAGCUCAAGACCCUCUUGAGCGCCAAGGGCUUCAAGUUCGAGACCGAAACCGACACCGAAUGCAUUGCUAAGCUCGCCAAGUACCUGUACGACCAGCACCCCGAUAUUGGCUUCACCGACCUCGCCAAGGCUGUCAUCAACGAGCUCGAGGGCGCUUACGGACUUUUGAUCAAGUCCGUACACUACCCCCAUGAGGUCAUCGCUGCCCGCAAGGGUUCUCCCCUUGUCAUCGGUGUCAAGACUCAGAAGCGCAUGAAGGUCGACUUCGUCGACGUCGAGUACUCCGAGGAGGGUGCCCUCUCUGCCGAGGCUGCCUCCCAGAACGUUGCCCUCAAGAAGCAGCAGGACAACUUCUUGAACCCCAACACUCUGCUAGGUGCCCCCGACAAGUCGCUCCUGCACCGCUCGCAGUCGCGCGCUUUCAUGACCGACGACGGCAUGCCCAUGCCCACGGAGUUCUUCCUCUCGUCUGACCCGUCUGCCAUCGUCGAACACACCAAGAAGGUCAUGUACCUUGAGGACGAUGAUAUUGCUCACAUUCACGAGGGCUCGCUGAACAUUCACCGUCUUAAGAAGGCGGACGGCAGCUCCAAUGUGCGCACCAUCCAGACCCUGGAGCUUGAGCUUCAGGAGAUCAUGAAGGGCAAGUUCGAUCACUUCAUGCAGAAGGAAAUUUUCGAGCAGCCCGAGUCCGUCGUCAACACCAUGAGAGGUCGUCUCGAUGCCGCCAACAAGACUGUCACCCUAGGUGGUCUCCGCUCUUACAUUUCUACCAUCCGCCGCUGCCGCAGAAUUAUCUUCAUUGCAUGCGGUACCAGUUAUCACUCAUGCAUGGCCGUUCGCGGUGUGUUUGAAGAGCUGGCCGAGAUCCCCAUCGCCGUUGAGCUGGCUUCCGAUUUCCUCGACAGACAGGCGCCCGUCUUCCGUGACGACACCUGCGUCUUCGUCUCCCAGUCUGGUGAGACUGCCGACUCUCUCAUGGCUCUCCGCUACUGCUUGGAGCGCGGCGCCCUGACCGUCGGUAUCGUCAACGUCGUCGGUUCCUCCAUCUCUCUGCUCACCCACUGCGGUGUUCACGUCAACGCCGGUCCCGAAAUCGGUGUUGCCUCCACCAAGGCCUACACCUCCCAGUUCAUUGCCAUGGUCAUGUUCGCCCUCUCCCUUAGUGAGGACCGCGCAUCCAAGCAGAAGCGUCGCGAGGAGAUCAUGGAGGGCCUCGCCAAGAUCCCUGAGCAGAUCAAGGAUAUCCUCACCCAGGACCAGUCCAUCAAGGAGCUCUGCUCCAAGACUUUCCAGAACCAGAAGUCUCUUCUGCUGCUCGGUCGCGGUGCCCAGUUUUCUACCGCCCUUGAGGGUGCUCUGAAGAUUAAGGAAAUUUCCUACCUUCACUGCGAGGCUGUCAUGUCCGGUGAGCUGAAGCACGGUGUUCUUGCUCUCGUUGACGAGAACCUGCCCAUCAUCAUGAUCCUCACCCGUGAUGACCUCUUCAAGAAGUCGCUCAAUGCCUACCAGCAAGUUAUUGCUCGCAGCGGAAAGCCCAUUGUCAUCUGCAACCCUGGUGAUGAGGAGUUCAAGACCAGCGAGGCUGAGAAGAUUGAGAUCCCCAAGACGGUCGACGCCCUUCAGGGUAUCCUCAACGUCGUUCCCCUGCAGUUGAUCGCUUACUGGCUGGCUGUUAUGGAGGGGCUUAACGUCGAUUUCCCUCGUAACCUGGCCAAGUCUGUCACUGUCGAGUAAACUGCUCACACAGCAUGAGUGAACUUUGGUUUAUUGUCGGGUGAUUCGCCCCCUGGGAGUUGGGUUGCCAAAAGGGAGGAUAAGCCCUUGAUGCUUUUGAUGUCACAGGGGGCCACAAAAAGGCGAUGGCAACUUCGGAGCCCCCUGAUGUAUUACUGGGUAUUGUGAAAAUGAGGGAAUGGUCCAGCAUGGUAGAUUUGGGCCGGUCAAGAUAAAGGAGCGUAUCUUUUUGAGGUUAAAUGCCGUAGUCAGGCAACCUGAAGCAAUGAAAACAAUA